GUUGUCUGACUAAAUGCAUCAAUCUGCCACAGCAUAUAAAUAAACGGACAAAUACUCGCAUGUUAAUUCUUUUUUUUGCUCGUCUCGCAUGUUAAUUCUUGUUCGCAUUAUUGUUUGUCUCGAGUUUUUUCAGUAAUUUAAUCCAAGCAUCACUUCGCAUAAUCUAGAGCUAGUGGAGGACUGGAUGAAACCUGAGAUUCAUCAAGAUCUCAACUUUUUCCGCAGUUUGACCCUUGAUUUUGCAGCGAGUUCUUGUUGAAGAAAGUUGGGAUGGAUGGUCACUUUGUAAAAACUUUCUUGAUGGGCCUUUCCCUUUAGCAGCCUUUCGGCAGUUGGGAUUCUUGCUUUUGACUUUUCCGAGGUAGAUCUUGAAUCUUGAAUAUCACUUUGGUAGAUAGCAUUUAACGUGGUGUAGGAGAUUGUAACGGUAGAAAAUUGAACUGAGUAAAAUUGGAGUUAGGGUUUUGUUAUUGGAGAGAUGGGGAACACUUGUGUUGGACCGGGAAUAACGAAAAACAACUUCAUUCAAUCUGUCUCCGCUGCCAUGUGGCGGACCCCAGUCCCGGAGAGUACUAAUGGCUCCUCUGUCAAUGGGGGGAGUGUCAAGAACGAGGCUCAGGUGGAGCCGGAGUCGCCCAUGCCAGUGCAAAACACGCCACCGGAGCAGGUGACAAUGCCGAAGCCUGAGGUGAAGCAGGAGGAGAAGGUGAAUGUUAAGAAACCGAUGAAGAGGAAUACUAGUGCAGGGCUUAGGACCGACUCCGUUUUGCAGAGGAAGACUGGAAAUUUGAAGGAGUUUUUCACUAUGGGGAAGAAAUUAGGGCAGGGGCAGUUUGGGACAACGUUCCUGUGCGUGGAGAAGUCCACGGGGACUCAGUAUGCAUGCAAGUCGAUAGCAAAGAGGAAGCUGCUGACGGAUGAAGAUGUGGAGGAUGUUAGGAGGGAGAUUCAGAUAAUGCACCAUCUGGCCGGGCACCCGAAUGUUAUUUCCAUUAAGGGGGCGUACGAGGAUGCUGUUGCGGUCCAUGUUGUCAUGGAGCUGUGUGCCGGGGGUGAGCUUUUUGAUAGGAUCAUACAGCGUGGGCAUUAUUCUGAGAGGAAAGCAGCUGAGCUCACGAGGACAAUUGUUGGUGUGGUGGAAGCUUGCCAUUCCUUGGGGGUGAUGCAUCGUGACCUUAAGCCGGAGAAUUUCCUUCUGGUCGAUCAGAAGGAGGAUUCGCUUCUUAAAACAAUUGAUUUUGGGUUGUCAAUGUUUUUCAAGCCAGGAGAGAAGUUUCACGACGUGGUAGGCAGUCCAUAUUAUGUUGCUCCUGAAGUUCUUAGAAAGCGUUAUGGUCCCGAAGCCGAUGUUUGGAGUGCUGGAGUGAUUGUCUACAUUUUGCUCAGUGGAGUCCCUCCGUUCUGGGCUGGUGAGAACCGUCAAAACUCUUCAUUUAAAAUUGAGUUACGCCUCACCAUUCCUCCAAAGGUUUAUUUAUUUAUUUAUUAUUACUGUUUUUUUUUUUACUUUUGGAUGACGUCAGAGUCUGAGCAAGGCAUAUUUGAGCAAGUCCUGCAUGGUGAUCUUGACUUCUCAUCGGACCCUUGGCCGAGUAUCUCUGAUGAUGCAAAAGAUUUGGUUAGGAGAAUGCUCAUUCGAGAUCCCAAACGGCGUUUAACUGCCCAUGAAGUCCUCUGCCAUCCUUGGGUUCAAGUGGAUGGUGUGGCGCCUGACAAGCCUCUUGACUCUGCAGUUCUGAGUCGCUUGAAACAAUUUUCUGCGAUGAACAGGCUAAAAAAAAUGGCCCUUAGAGUGAUUGCAGAGUCCAUGUCCGAAGACGAAAUCGCUGGGCUAAGAGAGUUGUUCAAGAUGAUAGACACGGAUAAUAGCGGUCAGAUAACUUUCGAAGAGCUCAAAGCUGGACUGACGAGAGUCGGUGCCAACCUAAAGGAGUCCGAGAUUUAUGAUCUAAUGCAAGCAGCUGAUGUCGACAACAGUGGGACAAUCGACUAUGGAGAGUUCAUAGCUGCAACUCUGCAUCUCAACAAGAUCGAGAAGCAGGACCACCUAUUCGCUGCAUUCCAGUAUUUUGAUAAAGAUGGGAGUGGCUACAUCACCCACGAUGAGCUUCAACAAGCUUGCCUAGAGUUUGGCCUAGACGACACCAGCCUCGAAGAGAUGAUCCAAGAAGUUGAUCAAGACAAUGAUGGCCGUAUUGAUUACAACGAGUUUGUGACGAUGAUGCAAAAGGGACAUCCUGCCGGUGGUGGUGGCAAACGAGGCCUCGAGAAUAGCUUCAGCUUAAAUUUUAGAGAAGCGCUUAAACUUACAUAGAGAGACUCUUUUUUCCCUUUACGUUUCAUCUUUCCCUCUACAAAUCGAGUUUCGUGGCGUAUGCUGAAACUUUUUCGAGGAUUUGAACGUUGUCUUCUUCGUCUUUAUAUUGUAUACGGUAUUUUUCUAACUGCAUGAAGAUGAUAGCAAGCUUCAAACUCUUCUUCUGCAGAAAGGCACUAUGAGAUGUUUGGUUGGGUGCUUUUACACGGGCGUUUCUGCCAACAUUUUGUCAA